AUUCCUUCGUCUCCAUUUAAAUUCGCACCCACCAUCACUCCCACUCCCACUCCCAACAAAAUGGCUUCCUCCUCACACAGUCACACCCUCCUCCUCCUCCUCCUGCUUUCCCUCUUCCACCUCUCUCUCCAAAAAAAGCCCCUCUCCCUCUCCUUCCCCCUCACCUCCUCCCCCAUCUCCAAAUCCCUUCAAUCAUCCGCCCAAUUGCAAACCUCCUCAGAAUCGCCGCCGUUCCCCUACACCUACAAAUCCACUUUCCGUUACUCCAUGGCCCUGAUCAUCUCCCUCCCAAUCGGCACCCCGGCGCAGUCCCAGCAGAUGGUGGUCGACACCGGCAGCCAGCUCUCCUGGAUCCAAUGCCGCCGCCGCAAAGCUCCUCCCUCUUUUGAUCCUUCUCUUUCUUCCUCCUUCUCCCUCCUCCCCUGCACCCACCCAAUCUGCAAGCCGAGAAUCCCGGACUUCACCCUCCCGACCACGUGCGACCAGAACCGCCUCUGCCACUACUCCUACUUCUACGCCGACGGCACCCUCGCCGAGGGCAAUCUCGUCCGCGAAAAAAUCGCCCUUUCCCCCUCCCGCUCCACCCCUCCCCUCAUCCUCGGCUGCGCCGCCGCCUCCGCCCCCGACGCUGAGGGUAUCCUCGGCAUCAACCGGGGCCGCCUCUCCUUCGUCUCCCAAGCCAAAAUCCCCUCCUUCUCCUACUGCAUCCCUCGAUCCUCCCGCAACAUUUCAAACCCCACCGGAAUGUUCUACCUCGGUCACAACCCCAAUUCUAGAACCUUCCGCUACAUCAAUCUGUUGACUUUCCCUGAGGGUCAACGCAUGCCGAAUCUCGACCCGCUCGCCUACACCGUCCCGAUGUCCGGGAUCCGCUUCGGGAGGCGGAGGCUCAACGUCUCCGCCUCCGCCUUCCGCCCCGACUCGGGCGGGUCGGGGCAGACGAUGAUCGACUCGGGCACGCAGUACACUUUCCUAGUGGAAGCGGCCUACCAGGUGGUCAAACAACACGUGGCGGCAGCGGUGGGGCCCAGGCUGAAGAGGGACUACGUGUACCAAGGAGCGCUGGACAUGUGCUUCGACGGGAACGCGAUCGAGAUCGGACGGCUGAUUGGCGAGAUGGCGUUUCAGUUUGACGGAGCAGUGGAGAUCAGCAUCGGAAGGGAUCGGAUCCUGGAUCACGUCGGGGGUGGGGUCCACUGCGUUGCGAUAGGGCGGUCGGAGGCGCUGGGGGUUGCGAGUAAUAUUAUUGGCAACUUUCAUCAGCGGAAUUUGUGGGUCGAAUUUGAUUUGGUCCGUCGACGGGUCGGGUUUGGAGUUGCGGAGUGUAGUAAAGCUGUAUAAUUUUUUUAUUUUUUAUUUUUGUAGUAGGGUAGUACUAUAGUUUUUUAUUUUAGCAAAUAGUUCUGGGAGAGCCUAGCUGUUCUAAAUUAUUUUAUUUCAUUUACGUAUUAUAAGGGGGCAUGUUACUUUUUUAUGUGGCUAGUUUAGACAAUACUAUGAAUAUUUUACUACUA